UUCUCUCUUUCUGUCAAUCUCUUUCUCUCUCUCACACACUUCUCUCUCAAUCUCACACUCAAUCUAUCCCUCUCACUCUCUCUACUUUAUUUAUGGAGAGUUACUCUCUCCUCCACAGUUCUUACCAGAGUUCUGUUCUUUUCUCCGGCUUCGGGAAGCUGCGCUCUGACAGGAGGCUGUGUGAUGUUGUCUUGGAGACGGGAGGCAUGUCCUUCCCGUGUCACCGCGUCCUAUUGGCCAGUUCCAGCCAGUAUUUCUGGUGUUUGUUUGGUGAGAAGAUGGAGGAGAGGAUAGCUGCUUGCAUUAGACUCCCAGCGCUAACUCCUGCAGGACUAGAGACUGUUCUGGACUUCCUGUACUCUGGAUGGCUCAGCCUAUCAGCUACCUCACUGCCCGUUGUUCUGGAGACUGCCAGGUACCUUCAGGUGGACACAGCUGUGUCGCUAUGCGAGCGCUUCCUUAGCGACGGGCUGUCGCUGAGGACCUCAUGUUUCUAUGCCAACCUGGCUGAGCACCACUUCCUGCCUGACGCGCUGGCAGCCGCCAAUCAAAUCAUCGCCAUGGAGAUGGCCACUUUGCUACAGGAGGACAGGGAGGGGCUUCUGGGGUUGAACGUCCAAUCACUAACGGAUGUGCUGGACAGGGAUGAACUACCUGGUGUCAAGGAGGUGGAGCUACUGAAACUUACGCUGGAUUGGCUGGAUGCUAACCAGCCUCUCCCAUUGGUCCGCUGUAACCUGCUGCUCAGCCGACUCCGUUUUGGAUUGGUUACUCCCUCUGACAUCACAACAAUAAGCCCUGCCCACACCAACAUGAACACGCCCCUGAUGAGGAGUAAGGUAGCGCAGGCGCUGGAGUAUCAUUGGCUGGGCUCAGCUAGACCAAUAAGACAGAGCCGACACUCCUCCCUCAGAGCAGCAGCCAACCACGUGCUCCUAGUGGGGGGUGGGCCCAGCACUGAUUGGCCACAGCAGCAGGUGCUCACCUUCGACCUUAGAGACAGGAAGUGGUCAUCAUUGAGCGCUGGUCUCCCACGACGACUGAAGAACCACUGUGUGUGCUGCGUCGGGGGGUUCCUGUUUGUGAUUGGAGGAGGAGAGGUGAAGGGCGGAGCAGAGGGGGGCGAAGGGAAGUCUGUUUCUAUGAUGACAACUAAUUGUGUGUGGCGGUACGAUCCUCGCUUUGCAUGCUGGGAGGAAGCGGACCCCAUGCUGGAGAGGAGAUCCCAGUUCAGCUGCUGUGUUGUAGACCAUGUCAUCUACACUAUAGGGGGAACACACACACACUCAGACACACACUCCUGCCUGGCCUCAGUGGAGUUCUAUGACAUGGCAGCAGGUCAUUGGCGGAGAGGAAUUUCUCUGCCCCGCCCCCUUUAUGGCCAUGCCUCGGUCACCCUGGGAACUGGAAUCCUAAUGUCUGGUGGUAGCCAUGGCAACCAGGACCAUACACAGGUCAGUAUCCAGGAGGGUAAUCAGGGCAACUGUGAGGUCCUCUUCCUAAAUAUGGUUGCUAGGGGUGGAGUUUGGGAGAAGCGAGCACCGAUGUCCAUUGGCCGUUUCGGUCACCGCAUGGCAACAGUUGCUGGAUGUGUCUACGCGUUACUAGGAAUGUACGAGCACUACUGCGAUAUUGAGCGAUAUGACUCACUCGCUGACCAGUGGACACGCCUUCGCCCAGCACUCAUUGGCUCAUUCGACUACGGACUGGUGGCAACAGCAAAUGGGAGGCUGCUGCUGUUUGGAGGCAGGAAAUGGCGGGAUGGACAGGAAGUGAGCGUAGCAGGUGUUCUAGAAUAUGACACAGAGAGAGACCGUUGGGCCGAGAUCUGUCAGCUACACACUCCUCUGACUGGAACACAAUGUGUUGUGAUGGCUCUGUCAGACUAACACAAUAUACAGGGAGUAAAAAUAACAUGGCUAUAUACAGGGAGUAGAAAUAACAUGGAAAUAUACAGGAUGUAGAAAAUAGCAUGGCUAUAUACAGGGAGUAGAAAAUAACAUGGAUAUAUACAGGGAGUAUAAAAUAAUAUGGCUAUAUACAGGAAGUAUAAAAUAACAUGGCUAUAUACAGGAAGUAGAAAAUAACAUGGUUAUAUACAGGGAGUAGAAAAUAACAUGGUUAAAUACAGGGAGUAGAAAAUAACAUGACCAUAGUGGUUCUUCCUUUAAAAGUUGCGUUGUACUGCCACACAGCUUGAGGGCUGCUGCGGAUUGCACGUUAUUUAAGUGUCAGCCAUUGUUGCCAUUAAGGCUAGUUAGUAUUAAUGCUAGUUAAUACUAGUUUGACCACCAGAGGGCAUGUUUGAGAAGCAUUUGACUGUAUUAAUAUUGGCUGGACUAGAGAUUUCAUUUUUUUUGUAAGAACAUAGUAUAUGUGAUUUAGCUUAAUUCAUUUGAUUAAUAUUAUGGUGUUUCUAUUCCAAGAAAAAUGAAAAACGAAACCCUCGGGGUUUCCAUUAGGAAAAUAUGGCACUGUACAACGCUGUACUAAGUGACUGCGAGUGAAGAGGAAAAUAAUCCUAACAUUUCUACACCCUAAUUGUAGGCUAUCCAAUACCCAAACGGAGAUUCAGUGAAAAUUAAAAUCUCAUUGAUUUACCAAGACCAGUCCCCAUGCUCAGAGCAGCACGAAACGGUGCUGAAAUAGUUGACCACACGCGGGUAUAGCCAUGUUCAAAUCCUAUCAUAACAAUUGGAUGACUUUGUUCCAGUAAGAAACAAUUUGUUGCCUUCGUUAGACUACUUUAUUCUGAAAAAUUAAUCUGUAAAUCUGCCAAGCCUAUAAGCAAAGAUGAACUGGUGAAGGCCAUCAAGAUGUUUUGGCUUGAGAAACUGACAAUACAACAAUGCAACAAAUACAUUGAUCAUUUCAGCAAGGUUUUGCCAUGUGGUCGUGGAUCUGGGGGGAAGUGCAACUAAAAUUUAGCUGAGAUGUGUACAGUAGUGGAAAUAAACAUCUGUAUUUUAAAAGUAUUUUUUAUUGUUAUUUUAUUAACGAAAGCAUAAAGAUGUUGAUGAACAUAUACUGUGUUAAACUUUAGAGUACUUAAGCAUCAAAUACAUUGCAAGUUGGGUGGAUUUUCACACCUACAGUGGCCGGGCUAUUAAACUAAUCGUGGAUAACAGAUCGGCUCUCGGAACUCAUUCUGCUUCUUUCUUCAAUAUGCUUUAAAUGUCACAAAUAAUUGAACCCAACAUGAGCAGAUGAACUUGGUCAAAACAUGUAUUUAUUAAAGACUGUCAG